AAGUAUUCGUUUCCUCCGUCCAUAAAUCAGCAUUUCUGGUUCCCAGCGGAAUACAGUCUUGAUCUUCCUACCUCAUGUCCUGAUAGUGGCACCGCAGCUCUCACUAAAGAGAAAGAUGAACAACAGCUCCUUCGACAUCCCGGACUCUACCGACUGGCUGAACACGCCUCUCUCACUCCUCACGCCCCUGGAAUCCUCGCUUCGUUGCCAGGUUUGCAAGGAUUUCUUCAACAAUCCUGUCAUCACGUCCUGCAGCCACACAUUCUGCUCGCUAUGUAUCCGUCGCUGUCUAAGUACAGAAGGCAAAUGCCCUGCGUGUCGCAGCUCCGAUCAGGAAUUGCGCUUACGUCGAAAUUGGGCCGUCCAGGAAGUAGUGGACGCGUUUAGAAAUGCCAGGCCCAGCGUGCUGGAACUUGCGAGGAGAGCUACCUCCACAGGGUCUGAGGAGGGAGAUUAUAUGCUCGAGCAGCCUGCAUUGAAAAAGCGGAAAGUGAACGACGGGCAGGACGCUGGGAGCCUUGACGAGGAUACUACCGGAAGCUUCAAGGGCAGACAGACACGGUCACGCAGAAGUAGGGUAGAUAGUCAGAGUCAAAGUCAGACGGAGGUUAUUGAGGAUAGUCAGGACGAGGAUUUCGUUCCGGACGAUGGCCUCGUUGCGUGUCCGAUCUGUAACCGAAGAAUGAAAAAUGAGGCUGUAUUUCAACAUCUAGAUGCUUGCACGGGGACUUCCGCAAAUACUCCAAAGCAGACAUCUUUCGGAUCUCUGAAGCCUAUUUCACGCAAUAUGGCCAAACCCCCUGAACGACUUCCGGCCAUGAACUAUUCCAUACUGAAAGACGGGGUACUCCGUAGAAAACUCAGAGACCUGGGUAUACCGGAUUGGGGCCCUCGGCCACUCCUACAAAGGCGCCACACCGAAUGGAUGAACUUGUGGAAUGCAAAUUGCGAUUCAAAAACACCAAAGUCGAAAAAGGAACUGUUGCGGGAGCUUGACAUUUGGGAGCGUACACAAGGUGGACAGGCCGCUGCGUCGCCCUCUGUAGGCUCGACAAAUUCCGUUAUGCGCAAGGAUUUCGACGGAGCGGCCUGGUCGGCAUCCCACGAUUACGAAUUCAAACGAUUGAUCGCGAGUGCCCGACAAAGGAGUGAUGCCAUGGUUCGGUCGACCAUUCCCCAAGCUUCUGUUGCACAAGAGAAGCCAGAGGUACCGCCAAAAUCCGAGGCGUUUCAUGACUCACCCACCGCCGCAGACGAUGUCCAGAAGCCAGCACAGCUACCUGUAAGACAAAUGGGUGUAAAUGACGCCGAGGAUGCAGUUCAUGCAUAUCAGAAUACCAGUGAUACCCAGGCUAUCAAAAAUCCAGCUGAAUAG